GACGCGCGGACCGAGGCGCGGGCGCUGCAGAGGCCCCCCAGCCCGAGCCCGCGCCUGAGCCCGCCCUGAGGCCUCUGCCCCGGCCCCCGCCCCGCCCGCCCGCCCCUCUCCCCCGGAGCCGCCAAGAUGGGGUCUGGUGGCUCUGACAGCUAUCGUGUCGCCACCUCGCAGGACAAGAAAGAUGACAAGGGCUCGCCCAAGAAGAGCAAGGGCACCAAAGACCGCAGGGACCUGGAUGACCUCAAGAAGGAGGUGGCUAUGACAGAGCACAAGAUGUCCGUGGAAGAGGUCUGCCGGAAGUACAACACAGACUGCGUGCAGGGUCUGACCCACAGCAAAGCCCAGGAGAUCCUGGCCCGGGAUGGGCCUAACGCACUCACACCACCACCCACCACCCCAGAAUGGGUCAAGUUCUGCCGCCAGCUCUUCGGGGGCUUCUCAAUCCUGCUGUGGAUCGGAGCCAUCCUCUGCUUCCUGGCCUAUGGCAUCCAGGCCGGCACAGAGGACGAUCCCUCUGGCGACAACCUGUACCUGGGCAUCGUGCUGGCAGCCGUGGUCAUCAUCACCGGCUGCUUCUCCUACUACCAGGAGGCCAAGAGCUCCAAGAUCAUGGAGUCCUUCAAGAACAUGGUUCCCCAGCAAGCCCUGGUGAUCCGGGAGGGUGAGAAGAUGCAGGUGAACGCUGAGGAGGUGGUGGUCGGGGACCUGGUGGAGAUCAAGGGUGGAGACCGAGUCCCGGCCGACCUGCGAAUCAUCUCAGCCCACGGUUGCAAGGUGGGCCUGUCCUCCCUGGAGCGGCUCAAGUGUCCGGAAUCCCAGCCCCGCCCCCCGCAGACCCAGGAGUCCUGCCCCGAGCCCCCUCCUCCGUCAGACGCAGGGGUCAAGCCCCUAGCCCACUCCUCCCUCAGACCCAGGAGUCCAGACCCCCAGCUCCUCCUCCCUCAGACCUGGGGGUCCAGACCCCCAGCUCCUCCUCCCUUAGACCCAGGAUUCCUGCCUCCAGUUCCUUCCUCCUUCAGACCUAAGAGUCCAGGUCCCUAGCCCCUCCCCCCUCAG